AUGUCUUCGCUCGAGCACAAGAUUUACACUUUCAAGACUUUUGAAUCACCGGACGGUGAAAGCCGACCGAUUGAUGCCAAGGUGGCGUACGGCCUCAGUGGUCCUCCAAAGAGAGCUAUUGCUGUUUGGUACCAUGGCGGUGGGUUCAUUACAGGAAACUACAAUAUGAUUCCUGCUUUUGAGCUGGAGUUGCUGCAUCGAAAUGGGUUCGUUAUUGUGUGCCCAAAUUACCGAUUGGUGCCAACAACCUCGCUCAAAGACGGCCCUGUCGCGGAUGCAAUCGAUGCUUUCCAGUGGGCUCGGAACACACUUCCUGAGCUUUUCAAAGCCGAUACUGGCAUCGUUAUCGACCCGAACAAUACAGUUACACUGGGUCACUCUUGUGGCGGCGGUCUGGCAUUGCUGACGGGUGGUCAACCCAAUCCUCCUCGUGCAAUCAUCGACUUUUUCGGGAUGAAAUACUUCCGAGAUCCAUUCUGGACUCAGCCAUCAGCUGCAAUGGCAAAGCUUCCGGAAUUCGAUCAGUCAUUUAUUGACAAAGUUUUCGAAGAAGUACCCCCUCCAACUGCGACACCUCCGCCAUUCGGACCAAAUGGACCAGAUCUGAGUAAACCGAGGAAUGCGUUCAUGUUCGCUCACAAUAAGAAGGGAGAUUAUAUCUCGUCUAUCGUGCAGGGUGAUGACUACGAUGCGAUCGACCCAGCGCCGUUGCUGUCGAAGCCUAAUUUUCCACCGACAUUCAUCUUGCAAGGAACUGCGGACACAGUGGCGCCUCAUCAACAUAGCGUGCAAGCGGAGGCUGAUCUCAAGAAAGCAGGCAAUGAGGUACAGCUGCGAUUGAUAGACGGUGCGCCUCACGCAUUCGAUAUGAAGGCCAAGGAAGGGGAACCGGUGUACGACCUGAUCGUGGAGGCAUUCGGCUUUUUAAAAAGUCACCUGAUCUGA